GUGUGUGUGUGUGUGUGUGUGUGUGUGUGUGUGUGCGUGUGUGUGUGUGUGUGUGUGUGUGUGUGUUGUUCAGAGCUGUGUAAGUGAGCAGAGACACUAUAGUGGAGACAAUCACUGAGACUGAUUCCUAAUCCUAAAAACACGUUUACAUCAGAGGUGCUUAUAGACUCGUGUUUGUGGUCUAACGUUAUUGAAACACCACAACCAUGGGUGUAAGUGAUAUUAUGAGGCUGGAUGUGACCUCAGGUUGGGUUUUGCUCUCAGUGGUGGUUUUCGCAGCUGGUCUCUUCUAUCUCUACAGUCUGAUGCUCAGGCAUUUAGCCAAGACAACUGUGAGGAACAAAGUGGUGCUCAUUACGGAUUCACUGUCAACACUCGGAAAUGAGUGUGCAAAACUCUUCCAUACUGGUGGAGCCAGACUGAUCCUUUGUGGAAAUAACUGGGAAAAGUUGGAGACUCUUUCUGAGCGUCUGAUGAGUGAAUCAGAUCCAACACUUACGUUUCCACCCAAACUGGUGGAGCUGGACUUCAGUAAUAUGGAGAGCGUUCCUGAGAUCAUCUCUGAGAUCCUGGAGUGUUACGGCUGUCUGGAUGUCCUCAUCUUCAACAGCAGCAUGAAGGUGAAAGCUCCUGUACAGAGUUUGUCUCUCCAGAUGGACAGGAUUGUCAUGGACGUCAACUACUUUGGGCCCGUCUCACUGGUUAAGGGUGUUCUUCCGUCGCUGAUCUCCAGAAGAACAGGUCACAUUCUUCUAGUCAACAGCAUUCAGGGGAAACUGACGGUGCCCUUCCGUGCCACCUAUGCUGCCUCCAAGCAUGCCGUUCAGGCUUUCUUUGAGUGUCUGCGGGCUGAGGUUCAGGAAUACGGGAUAACUGUCAGCACCAUCAACCACACCUUCAUAAAAACUCCCAGCACAAACUCAAAGGACGAGGCCACAGCAAAAUCCACAUGGACACACUUCAAACCGAUGUCUCUUGGUGUGAAACCUGAAGAGAUGGCCACUGAGCUCCUGAAGACUCUGAGUAGCAAGAAGAAGGAGGUUUUAAUGGCUCGCUCCAUCCCUAAAGCAGCUCUCUAUGUCAGAUCUCUCUUCCCAAACUUGUUCUUCGCCAUCAUGGCAGCAGGAGUCAGAAACACUGCAGCUGUGAAGAUGUCUGACGACUGAAGGACAAUAUUAUAAAUGUAUAGAAUGAUGUGAUGUGGUGCUCAAAUUAGAAAAGAAUAAAUUAUUCAUAAAUUCCUCUGAA